CCUCCGUAAGGCCAACACAUGUAUUACAGAAGUGAGCCGAAUGCCAGAUUGUAUUCUGUGUUCCGGCAGUUAUUCAUCUUUUAAGUGAUAACCUGACGGUUAUCCAGAAGUUAAUAACCUUUUCUUAUAGCUACGAGAAAUACAAUAAAUGCCGAGUAUGUUGAGGACGGAUUAUACGACGAUCAUCCCCUCAAUUCUUGUAUUUAAUGCUGAAAAACUUCGUCCUCAAUUCCGCUCUCAGGGGAAGAUCACAUGGCUGUAGCACGCCGGGCUCUGCUCCGGCUCAGAGCCCCAAGGUUCCAAUUGCCCCAGCGUCGGCAGCUCAGCGACGCCGCUGGUGACGGACCGCUUCUUCAGAUUUACGUAUCCCGCAACCGGGAUCCCUACGUAAAUCUCUCCAUCGAACACCACCUGCUGGAGACAUCCCACCCAGACUCGACGAUCCUCUUCCUCUGCAGGAAUCACCCCUGCGUCGUCAUCGGCCGCAACCAGAACCCAUGGCUCGAGACAAACCUAGCCCUCCUCCGCCACGGCGUCCCGGAGCGGCCCCCCAUCAGCGCGGAGCAGCAGCAUGCCCCCCGGCGUGACCCCGGGCCGGGCCGGGAUGAGCAGCAGCAGCAGCCCCCGCGCAAGCCGGUAUCCCUAGUGCGCCGGCGCUCAGGAGGCGGCGCCGUCUUCCACGACGAGGGCAACGCCAACUGGACGGUGAUCUGCCCUCCCGCGGCCUUCGAUCGCGACCGGCACGCCGAGAUGGUCGUGCGCGCCCUGGGCCGCCUCGGCGUCGCCGGCGUCCGCGUCAACGGCCGGCACGACAUCGUCCAGGACGUCGUCGUCAUCGGGGACGGGGACGAGGCCGAGGGGACGACGACGUUCAAGGUGUCCGGGUCGGCGUACAAGCUGACCCGCUUGAGGUCGCUGCACCACGGCACCUGCCUGCUGGAGUCGCCGAACCUGCAGCACAUCUCGCCGCUGCUCCGGUCCCCCGCCGAGCCGUUCAUCAAGGCCCGCGGCGUCGCGAGCGUGCGGUCGAAGGUCAGGAACGUCGGGGUCGGCUACGAGGACUUCGUCCGUGGCGUGACCGACGAGUUCCAGCGCAUGUAUGGAGAGGUCCGCGGUGGGGGUCUCACCGUCGGGCCCGAGGCAGCCGCGCUCCCCGACGUUCGGAAGGGAAUUAAGGAGCUCGAGUCUCGCGAAUGGAUCUUUGGCCAGACUCCACUCUUCACUUUCUCGACGCAUACAACCGAGGACGACCCGAGACAGAGACCAGAACUACCCGCCUUCCUACCGCCGAAUUUCCGAGCAUCGCUCACCGCCCGCCACGGGCAGAUCCAGGAAGCCUCCCUAUCUUCCCUGACCCCUCGCGGCGCCAAUGACCGCGCUAGCCAAGAGCAGGCGUUGAGCAAGGCCCUGAUCGGCCAGACUAUACACCACAUAGCCGACUGGCGCGAGGCUCUCGAGAAGGCCAGCCCCUCGCCGGUGGAGAGUGAGUCCGUUGGAGGCUGGCUCAACGGCCUGUUUGGCACCAAGGCCUGUCCACCAGACGAGUAAUUGACACGGCAAGGUAGCCAGUGAACAGGAGAUUCUAAUCGACCCGAGGAAUAGACUUUACCCCGGUCAUGUAUGUACAGUAGUAACGCAAAGCAUGAUGGUGCAUUUAGAUGGCGCAUGCAUCAUUAGAUAUAAAUGGAUGAUACCACGGCUUCCCAGCUAGAAUGCAGAUACAAUAUACUAUGUACAUAGACUGUACUUAGGCAUUUCUCC